CGAGUCGGACAUCGCUGGCUGAGUGCAGCGAGAUCACCCAGAGGCGGCGGUUCUUCUGUCAGGAGCUUCAGCUGCUCUGUUUACCCGGGGAAGUCCUGUGAGUUGGCCGUGUGAAAUAAGAUGGAGUCCAGCGAAACCAGCGUGUACGGCGCCGCUUUAGCCGGCGGCAGCUUCGACUUCAUGAAGUUUAUCAAGCAGCCACAAACUGUGCUACGGAUACUGAGCUGGGUGUUUGCCAUUGUGGUUUUUGCCACCAUAACAGCGGAAGGGUACGUAAAUCCCCCAGACCAUUUUCAGGUGGUGUGCGUGUUCAACAAGAACGACGGGGCAUGCCACUACGGAGUGGGCAUCGGAAUCAUUGCUUUCCUCGCCUGUGUGGCCUUCCUUAUGGCUGACAUUUAUCUCCCCAUGAUGAGUAACGCCCAGGAGAGAAAGCGUGUGGUGACAGCUGACCUGGUGUUUUCAGGAGCCUGGACGUUUCUGUGGUUUGUGUGUUUUUGCCUCUUGGCUAAUCAGUGGGCAAACACAGUUGACACAACAGGCAUUGCUACUGACGCUGUACAUGCCAUCAUUGCCUUCUCUUUCUUCUCUAUCGCCACCUGGGGCGCACUGACGUAUUUUGCGCUGAUGAAGUUCCGCCAGGGUGUGGGAGAGCUCACUCAGAACUAUGCCGAAUCCCCUCCAGAUCACACUUCCGAAUACCCAACAUCAUAUGUCCCACCGGAUCACAACUCCUCAUACCCCACAUCUAAUUACCCCUCCUUCCCGCCUAGCCGUUCAGACAUCUACCAGCAACCCUCCUUUAUGCCCAAGCAGGAGCCAAUGGGGGGCAGUGACUACCAGCCUCCGGCCUACUGACAGAAAUGAAGGAAAAAGGGACGAUUCACUGGCCUGAUCACAUGACACAGAGCAUGGGAGGGGCCUGAAAGAGCAGCCAAUGAGAGCUCCUGUGCAUGGACUGGCCCGGCACUCCUUGAUGUUGAUUGGUUGGAAUUAUUCUUUGUAUUUGUCUGAUAAAGACAGCCUUACUGUUUCACAGCUGUUGAAUGUUUUUGUUUUUUAAUGUUUUGUCUAGCCUAGGGAUAAAGAGCACCCAUUGCACAAAUGGUGUCUAUAUAUAACUUGAGUCAUUGUGAAACUGAUGAUGUCAGAGCAGGCUAUCUGCUCUAAGUUCUCACUGUUCUGACAUGUUUUUGUUGACCUUUGUUUCAACAGUGUCCCAUUUUCACACUGUAUAACUUCUGUAUGUUGUGCCUUGACCCUGAAAAUUACAGCCCAUAGAGUUAAAUGGCCCCCUUUCAGUUUUCUGUGCCAACCAGCGAAAGACUGCUCAGCCCUCUUUUUUGUUUUAUGAUAGAAAGUCAGUCGACUGUGUCAGUCAUGGAGUCAAUCAAGCGAUUUAAAGAGUGUUAAGUGUUGCAGAACAAAACAGUAGAUCCUCAGUAGCUUUACGUUCAGAUGCUGUUCUCGAUGGUAAAAUAAAGCAGUGGCCUACACUACUGGAAAUAAAGCCAUAUUUCAUUAAGGUGUGACUUGAAAUAGCCAUAGUUUUUGUCCGGUAUUGCCAAAAUGAAAACGAAUCAUAUGAUUUCAGAUGGGAAAUCCCCACUGUGGUGUUUUUAGCUAAGACAGAACCACCUUUGAUAUAGACCUGGUUUGUUCACAUUAUGUUUUGCAGUUCCCCAGGAUAUAACAUCCACACAUGACCUCAAAACAUAUUGUACAACAACCUUGCGGUGUUGAUGUUUCGCACAUCUCAGGCCUUCACUUGCCAAUGUAUUAGUACACUGAGCUCAGGUUAACUCUGCUGUGCUGUAGAAUAUUACAGGCCGGCAGGACUUCAAUCUUUUUCAAGUUCUAAGAAAUAUCAGUCAUUAAAUAAAGUAGAUAUACAUGCAAAUGUUUGAAGACCCUUGUCAAAUGACAUUUUCUAAGUGGAAAAAAUGAUCAUAUCCUCCAGAGAGAACAGAUGUAAAUAUGGCAUUUUUCUGCAAAUGUAAAAAAAUCCCUAUUUUAUGCUUUAUUUUUUUUCCCUCAAUAUGUUCAGUUCAGCAAAUAAACAUUAAUUGUACAUUAAAAUGUGCUGAAGGAUGUUCUCUGUAGAGCAUGUGUUAAACUAUUUUCACUUAAAUCAUUGUCCAGGGUGUCUAAACUUUAGCAUACAACUGUACAUGUUUUGUAUUUUGGCUCUUUAUUCUGAUUUUUUUUUUCUUUUGGCUGGGAUUUUAGCCUGAUCAUAGAUACGGAAGUAAAACCACUAUACUGCCUUUAAGAAUUUGGACCUACAACAUAGCUGUUUCUCCAUAAAGUCAGUUGAAUGUGUGGCUAAUCGAGAUGACAUUGCACUCUUUGAUGAAUUUCUUUCUGGGAUCUGUGCGUUAAUAAUUGCUAUACAUUUUUUUCAUUAGAUUUUGUACUGUAACAAAACACUGGUUUAAAAUUAGGGAUGCAGUAUAUCGGAAUAACAGUCUCUGCAGAUAUUUGCUCUCAAAAUCUUUUGGCAUUGGACGGAUGUUGACAUUUCAAACUGAUAUUUGAUAAAUUAUUUAUUGUACUCUCAGACACAAUGUUUGGGCAACGCAAAUGUCUGCAUUUUAUUCAUUUACUACAUUUACAAUAAAUAUUACAUUUCUCUGUAAUGCUAAUUCAGGUAGAUCUAGUCCCAAUUUAUACAUCUUAAAACUAUGUAUCAAUAUUUGUAGUACAUGAAAAAUAUCAGAUAUCAGCAUCAGUCCACAAUUCCCAUAUCAGUGCAUCCCUAUUAAAUGUUUCUUACAAUGCGGAAUUGCACUUGUUAGCAUAUGAACUGCAUAAACAGGCCAAAUGGCUGCACAAGAAUAAAAUUAUGUAUUGUGACAGGGAAGAAGAAAAUAAAUUUCUUUUGACAAAGUA